AUGGCGGCGGGCGGCGCGGCGCGGGGCCGGCGGCGCUCGGACAGCCGCGGCCCCGCUCGCCCGGCCCGGCCACGGCCACGGCACCGGGCCCGGCGCUCCGCGGAGACGGCCCCGGCAGCCGACCCCGCGCAGCCCGCGGGGGAAACAGCCGACACGGCGAGCCCGUCUUCAUCACAUGAAGCUACAGAAGGACAACCUGCAAAGAAGAUGAAAUAUGAAGAAAGCAAUCUAAAAUCAGAACUAGAGGGACUCACAUGUGAAAGUGGAACCCUUGCUGCACUGGGGGAAACACCUAAAACAUCUGAUGGGGACGGAGGUUCAGAAGAUCCAAGAGACAGCAGUAUAACCCAACAGGGAAAUGAUGAAAGCAUUCCAGAGACUGAAGAAGGGAAGCAGGAGAAGGAGCACGGUGUUUCUCUGGAGCCACACGCAGUGAAUUCCGGCGGUGCUCCGUUAAAAACGGGUGGAUAUCUGCGCCACUAUCACGUGUUCAGUGAAGAGGAGAGCAGCUGUGGGAGCUUUGACGGGGCCACCUCGGAGGACGCGGAUUUGCCGCGGAGGCCGAUGUUCCUGGAGCACAGCAGCGGCCUCUCGGAUGAGGACAGCAACCAGCCCAUGCCAGUGCACCGGUUCUUCGGAGAUGUGGAACUGCAUCUCCCAGCAGUUGUGCUCCCGAGCGUGACGAGGAACAGGAGAGAAGCCAGGAAGCUCCAUUUCAUUGCAAAGGAAGAUGAUGAAGAGGAGGAGGAGGAAGAGGAUGAUGUCUAACAACAAACUGUAAACAAAUUAAACCCUUCUUCUUUCUCUUUGUGACCACAUGGCAAUGGCUCUGUCAGUACCAUGAGGUAUCUGUUUGCCUUUUCUCAGGGAGAGAACUGGGAGAGUUUGUUUUGCUGGAAUUGGCAGAUACAGUAUUCCAGUGAUUAUCUGGAGCAAAUACUGAAUUUUCAGUGAUUUGGAAAUAAAGUAUAAUUUAGCACUUUAGCACUGAUAUUUAAGAAAAAAAACCAGGGAAUAUAGAAGUUCUUAUGGCUUUUUUUGUAAAUUUGAGCCUCUGUCUUGAGAAGGUAUUUGGUUUCACUCUGUUUUUUGGUUUUUUUUUUUUCCCAAAAUAGUCAAGAAAAGGAUGCUGGAGCAAGGUUCUUUUUCUUUUAAUUCUGCAAUGUCUGUGGCAUCCAGGUAAUAAAGGAGAGCAAACUGACUCCCUGGUACAAAGAAGGUCAAGGGUCUUCCUUCUGUGGGUUGUUUACACCUAACCCAAGACCAAUUAAACCUCUAAAAUGUAGUUCUGCUGGCAAAAUGAAAUGCAGGAUGUCAGAAUGGAUUCAGUGUGCUCAUCUCUGCGAGUUCAGCACGUUUUCAUUGCACAUCAGCUCCCCAAAGACUCACCCCGUGGUGCUGCCUCCUCCUUCCACUUGCUGCUCUAAGUGUUGCCCUUUGUCGAUUUCCAACUGGUUUCCAGCAGGGAUUUUGGAAACAAAUGCUUUGGUGGUGAUACACAACGAAUACCAUCCCUUGGAUUUGAUGGACAGAGGAAGAUUGCUAAGGCUGCGGGGCAGCCACCUCUGCAUGUUUAAAAAAACAAAAGGAGCAACCUCGGCCAAUUCCAGGAACUGUUAAUUCACCCAGUGUUUGUGGGAAUAUUUCUUUGAAAGUGUGAUUAUGCAAUAAGCUUCUAGAUAUUUAUUGUUAUAGCUCCUUCUAUGUUUCUAAAAAUAGAGAGAAAAUGUUAUCAGCAGAUGGUUUAAAUAAAUAUUAAUUUCUACAGCUCGAGCUUGUUAAACAUUCAAAAGUUGUAAGGCAAACAAAAUUGCAUAUGCAUGGCAUGGUAAUGCAUUCCUAUUUCCACUCCAGCUGAUGCAUUGUUUCUGUCAAAUAUAUUUCUUGGCUCCUUUUCACUCUAA